UCUAAAACCUCUCUCACUCUCUCUAAACUUUUUUUUUUCUUUUCCUUUCCUUUGUUUUUUACGGGUUUUAUGCUUUCGAAAUUUCUUAGCCAGUCAAGUUUUUUCCCUGCAACGUUUUUGAAAAGCAGAAGGAAUACGGAAGGGGUUUUUGAAUCGCGUUUUGAAGUUUUUUUUUCCUUGAUUCUUAGCACUAACAAGUUCAUUUGAUUUCAAGUUUUUGUAAUUUUUAAAUCUGAUUUUUUUGAUUUCAUCUGCUUCGAGCUCAAAUAAUGGAGCUGUUGUGAAUAUUUGCUCCCUCGAGAAUCUCUCAAUAAGCAUCUACUUGUCAUAGUAAAUUAGAAAGGAGUAGCUUGUCUAUGCAAUCCUAUGCAUUGCUCAUCAAUGGUCUUUCUGAAACUGGUUGAUGGUUGCUGCUGCAUUGACCAAUGCUUUAGUGGGCGAGAAAGGAUUGGCUGAUAGAAAGAACGAAAUGUGUUGUGAACAGAAGGAAGCUAGGAUUGGAGUGAUGGGUCAAGAUCAGGGUCAGGGUUUUGGCUCAUCUGAGGAUGGUGUUACCAGGGUUGAUGAUGCACCUGCAGCAGAAAACAAUGGGGCUGGAGGAGAAAUUCAGGUACAUGAUGGGUUCCAGAUAGCACAACAACAAUCUCAAAACUCUGUCAUACGCUGGGAGAGGUUUCUCCCUAUUAGGUCUCUGAAAGUUCUUCUAGUGGAAAAUGAUGAUUCAACACGUCAUGUUGUCAGUGCUCUACUACGGAAUUGCAGUUAUGAAGUUACUGCUGUUGCAAAUGGUCUUAAAGCCUGGAAAAUGCUUGAAGAUCCAAAUAAUCAUAUUGAUCUUGUCCUAACAGAGGUAGUUAUGCCUACCUUUUCUGGAAUUGGCCUUUUGUGUAAGAUUAUGAGCCACAAAACUCUCAAGAAUAUUCCAGUGAUAAUGAUGUCAUCCCAUGAUUCUAUGGGUAUAGUCUUUAAGUGUCUAUCAAAAGGUGCAGUUGACUUUUUAGUGAAACCCAUUCGGAAGAAUGAACUUAAAAACCUAUGGCAGCAUGUUUGGAGGAGAUGCCACAGUUCUAGUGGUAGUGGAAGUGAAAGUGGGACACAAACUAAAAAUUCCUCAGAGACAAAAAGUAACGAAGAGUCUGAAAACAAUUCUGAAAGCAGCGAUGAGCUUUAUGACUGUGGGAGCAAUGGGCCGAGUAAUCAGGACGGAAGUGAUAAUGGGAGUGGCACUCAGAGUUCAUGGACAAAAAGAACAGCUGAAUUUGACAAUCCUCUACCAAUAUCACCCGCAUAUCAAUUGGCUGAUGCUCCUGAUAGCACUUGUGCACAGGUGGUCCACUCAAAGCCUGAAACAACUAGUAACAGAUGGGUGCGCGUUACAGAAACAAAAGAAUGCCAGAAAAAGGAUGACAAACAUGAUGAUAUCACAAUGGGUAAAGAUUUGGAAAUUGGAGUAUCUGGCAAUCCAGAUGUACAAAGUAAAAUGCAAAGCAUAAUAGCUGAGAUGGAUACUAAGCCACUUGAGAAUGGGAAGUUGGAACUCAACAAUGAAAAUAUAUGUACCAAACUGAGGGACCAAACUCCAAAAACGGCUAGCGCAGAUGCCAAUUCUAUCAGUCCACAUGUUGAAAGAAAAAAAAAUGGUGGUUCAAGUGGUCCUGACAUCUUGCAACUCAAAGAUAAAUCACGCUGUGAAUCUGGAGAGUUGCCAUCUCUUGAGUUAACUUUAACAAGGCGGAAAGGAGUGAGAGACGAUGGAAAUGCUGUGAAUGAUGAUCGCAAUGUUUUACGGCAUUCAGAUUUGUCAGCAUUCUCAAAAUAUAAUACGGCCUCUUCUGCUAAUCAGGGUCCCAUGGGGAAGGUUGGUAGUUCUCCACUUGAUAAUAGCUCAGUUGCAACGAAGACAGAGACCACGCACAAUAUUCCAUUUCAUUUGACCGAUGUUCUCAAUCAGCAGUCUAAUGGCAGUAGCAACAACAUUGACAUGGCUUCCACAGCUAAAAAUGUUAACCCUAAGCCAGAAGCUUUUAAUGACAAAUCAGAGACUACAACAGCUUUCAAAUCAUUUCACUCUUCAGCCUUCCAGCAUGUGCAGAAUGGUAGUAUUUGUUCUCCUCAGCAAGUGAUACCCGGGAAGGUAGAGGAUGUGGGGUCUAACACUGUUCAUGCACCAUUUAUGGGUAACCAACAGCAGGUUCAAGUCCAGCAUCACCACCACCACCACCAUUAUUAUCACCAUCAUGUGCACAAUGUUCAGCAGCAUCGGUCAUCAGCAGACCAUGAUGAUAUCUCACUGAAGAAUAUGGCAGCAUUUGCUCCCCAAUGUGGAUCAUCAAAUGUGGUUGGAGAAAAAAUCAAAGGCAAUGCUGGAAACUGCAGCAUGAAUGGGAGUGUAUCAGGGAGUAACCAUGGUAGUAAUGGGCAAAAUGGAAGCAGCACUGCUUUGAAUAAUGGACUAACAAACGUAGAAAGUGACAAUAGGGAAGCUGGAAAUAGUGGAGCAGGUGGCAAAAGUGAGAGAAUCAGUGGGAAUGCAGUGGAUGAAGAUCGUGUUGCACAAAGAGAAGCUGCAUUGUCUAAGUUUCGCCAAAAGAGGAAGGAAAGAUGUUUUGAGAAAAGGGUUCGAUAUCAGAGCAGGAAAAGAUUGGCAGAACAGCGCCCUCGUGUCAAGGGACAAUUUAUUCGACAGACAACCUCUGAAUCACCAAUAGGAAGGGAUUGCCAAAGCAAUGACCUCACUUCUGAAGACAACUCUUCUGACAGUGUAAGAUAGCAGCACAAACAUAUGCAGAUUGCUAACCCAACCCUAGUCCCCCAUCUCGUACACCGGUUUGCGAACACGAGACUAGCAAUAGCUGUGUACGUGGGAAAAGGGUUCCAGGUUGUACUAGAGGAGAUUUUUCAGGUAGAGUUUGUUGCUAUGCACAACAUACAUUUAUUUGCUCAUGGUUAUGAACUUCGACAAGAUACUUUCUUUGUCUCAUGUGUACCUGUAAACUACCAUGAAUAUGUAAAUUACUCUGCAAUGGGAUACCUCUGGACUGUAACUCUCAUGUUGAUCCAUCGUUGAUUUCUAAUUCGACAGCUCAUAGCUCUUAUCGAAUAAAUUAAAUAGAUUUCAGAUAAAA